AUGGAGGGCGAGGCGAACGGGACCCUGCACCCGUCCUGCGGCUCCAGCGAGCCGCCCUACUCGGAGGAGCUUCUCCGGAGCCUUGACCUUCCAGGGAGAUUUCUCUUUGCAAUCUUGACUCUGAUGACGCUCAUUGCCAUUCUGGUGUUUAUAGAGGAAGCUGUCUACAUCUACAGGAAAAUCCCCUCCUCCAAGAGAUCAAUCAUAAUUUGGAUUAAUGCUGCAGCUCCAGUGAUCUCCUCUACUUCAUGCAUUGGCAUGUGGGUUCCUCGCUCAACAAUGUUUACAGAUUUCACAGCAGGAAUAUUUUUUGCCAUAGUUAUCCACAAGUUCCUGAUGAUGAUGAUUAAAGAGUGUGGGGGGCAGAAGGUGCUCCUCAGACGGUUUGAGAAUGGUCACUUCACCAUCACCACCGGGCCCUGUUGCUGCUGCUGCCUCUGCCUCCCUCGUGUGCCCAUCACCAGGCAAACCCUGUUUUGGCUGAAGCUGGGCACCUUUCAGUUUGCUGUCUUUCGGCCUGUGCUCGUAUUUUUAUCAAUAGUGCUUUGGACUAAUGGCAAUUAUGUUCUUUACAAUGUGUCUCCCAAAGGACCUGCACUGUGGAUCAGCUGCUUCAUUGGUGCCCUCACCCUUUGUGCUCUGUGGGCAGUAGGAAUCAUGUUUCGAAAAGUUAGGAUUCUCCUUAAGUGUAAGAACAUUAUCCCAAAGUUCGCUCUUUAUCAGUUUAUUGUCAUUCUGAACCACCUGCAGACCACUAUUAUCAACAUAUUUGCUACACAAAAAAUCAUUCCCUGUGCUCCACCACUCUCCUCUACAGCAAGAGGAUCAUACAUUGCCCAGCAGCUGCUCAUCAUGGAAAUGUUUCUGAUAACUGUGAUCUCCAGGGUGGUCUAUCGGAGGAAAUACCACGACCUGGAGCCUCCAGAGUGCAUGGCUGAAGAGCCUGGGGACAAGAAGCAGACUCCUGAGGUUAUCCUGAAUGGUGCAGCUGUGGAGGAUGCAUUGCCAAAGGUUUAG